ACUCCACUCACAUGCUUUCUCUCUCUACUUCCCUAUAUAAACCCCUCCACACCCACCUCAUUCCAACAUCAACAACACCACAAAGAAAAAAUUAAAAAAUUACACACAUUUCUCUCAUCCAAAAACAAACAAGACUUAAAACCAGCAUCAUUCUCUUCUCUUGCAAAAGAAAUGGAUCAAAUGUUCAAUCUAGCACCCGUCGUCGAAAACGGAGACGAUCAUCGACGAUGUGUGUGGGUUAACGGGCCAGUGAUCGUUGGUGCCGGGCCUUCGGGUUUAGCCGUAGGGGCUUGCCUAAGGGAUCAAGGUGUACCCUUUGUAGUCCUCGAAAGAGCUGAUUGUAUUGCCUCACUUUGGCAAAGACGUACCUACGAUAGGCUUAAGCUCCACCUCCCUAAACAAUUCUGCCAAUUGCCUAAAAUGCCCUUCCCUGAGUAUUUCCCUGAGUACCCUACUAAAAGGCAGUUCAUUGACUACCUUGAGUCCUACGCUACCCACUUCGACAUUGACCCGCGCUUCAACGAGUGCGUCCAAUACGCUAAGUACGACGAAACUUUUGGGCUUUGGCGGGUCAAGACCGUGGGUCAAGGCCCAAAUAAGCCCGAAGUUGAGUAUGUUUGCCGGUGGCUCGUGGUUGCCACAGGGGAGAAUGCCGAGUGUGUGGUCCCUGAUAUUGACGGGUUAGCCAACUUUAACGGGAAGGUGAUCCACUCGAGCGAGUACAAGUCCGGUGAAUCUUACCGUGGCAAGAAGGUCCUAGUGGUUGGGUGUGGCAACUCUGGGAUGGAAGUCUCCCUCGACCUCUCCAACCACAAUGCACAACCUACCGUGGUCUGCCGUAGCUCGGUUCAUAUUCUGCCUAGAGAAAUCAUGGGAAGAUCGACGUUCGAAUUAGCGAUGUUACUAAUGAAAUGGAUCCCUUUAUGGUUGGUAGACAAAAUCCUUUUGUUUUUCGCCUGGUUUUUACUCGGCGACAUGCAGAAGUACGGACUAAAAAGGCCGAACAUCGGACCACUAGAGCUAAAGAACAAACAAGGGAAAACGCCUGUACUAGACAUCGGCGCUUUAGCGAAAAUCCGGUCCGGGGAUAUCAAAGUAGUGUCAGGAAUCAAGAGUUUCAACGCCAACAGUGUCGAGCUCAUUGAUGGCGAAACAGUUGAGGUUGAUUCAGUAAUCUUAGCUACCGGAUACCGUAGCAAUGUACCUUCUUGGCUUCAGGAAGGUGAAUUUUUUAACAAAAAUGGAUUCCCAAAAACACCAUUUCCAAGUGCAUGGAAAGGAAAGAGUGGGUUAUAUGCAGUUGGAUUUACAAGGAAAGGGUUAGCUGGUGCAUCUUUUGAUGCCAUGAAAAUUGCGCAAGAUAUUGGUCAAGUUUGGAAACAUGAAACUAAACAAAUGAAACUCACUGCUCCUCGUCAUAGGAGGUGUAUCUCCACUUUCUAAUCACUUCAACAAAUAUUAAAAAUAUUAAAAAUAUUCUUUCUAAGGGAAAAACUUAUUUUUUUAGGUGUGAAUAAUAUUAUUUUGAAAAAGAAAGUAUGUAAAUAUAAGAAGACAUUAAAGGUAGUGAUUAGUGAUAGAGGCAACAAAGACGAGGAGCCCUCUCCGAGAGCCAGAAGCCCAAAAUUUUGAUACCUUACUACUACGUAUAUUUGGGUAUUUUGAGUACUUUUUGGAAAGAUGAGGCUUAGUUUUUUUGGGGGUUUUGGUUUGUUCAUUCUUUUUUUUCUUUCUUCGUAUGUAAUACGUUGUACAAUUAGUUAGUUACACUGAAAUGAGAAAAGAAAAUUUGUGCAUUGAUUUCA